AUGUCAUUUUCACUCCAUGUGGUAACACCACAACACCUAAACAUACAGGUGCACCUUUGGCUCUGUGCACGUGAAAAGUGCUACCUGCUCAAUUUGGUAGCGGAGCUCUUGUUAGGCUCCAUUUGCCCCGUCUCUGUCUUCGGCUCACGCCUACGCCAUAGCACAACGAACUACGAGCACUACGAGCUGCGCUUUGCCCUGGACUUCGCCUUCGAGAUCGUGGACUACGUCUUUCUGGCCUUGGACUACCUCCACCUGAACCUGGACUCCAUCCGCCUGGCCCGGGACUACAUCUACGAGAUCUUGGACGACGUCUACUUGGCCGAGAACUUCGACCACCACUUCCUGGACUUUGUCUUCGAGGAGUACGCCCACUUCAUCCUGGACUACGCCUACAGCCUGGACUACGUCUUUGCGGCGGUGAUCGACUUCUACUUGGCCUUGGACCUCACCUACUUGCAGGAGCAAUGGCGACAGCGCAUGUACCUGGAGGAGGAAUACCCAUGGAAGAGUACCGGAAGGAUGUGCCACCAGGUCGCCCUUGGACUUCGUCUACAAGAUCCACAUGGACACAUAGACAUCGGUGACGCAGCCUUGGUAAGGUUGUCAGUCGAAGAAGUCCGAGACCCUACAUCAGGACAAAUCAUACAGCAUGCCAUUCCUUCAGGAGUGCAAGCCUUGAUGACAGCACUCCGAGCUGCAUUCGGCGAAGCUGACCAGCUUCAGGCAACUCGAGCCUUGGAGACAUUCUUUGAGUUCAGAAGGAACAGAAUGUCAAUCCCCGAAUGGAGCGUGCAGUGGCAGCUGAACCUGGAUGAGGCGAUCACCCACAGUGGCCUGGACCUCAACAAUGUCGCAAAGACCUACUUGUACUUCAAGAGCUCAGGGUUGGCACAGAAAUCCCUGGACGACAUCUUGUUGCAGGUCCAUGGAGACAUGAGGAGGUUUGAUGAAGCCAGAACCUUGAUGUUGCGCAUGGCACACCGCAACCUUGACCAUGGAAGUUCGUCGCACUAUGAAGAAUGUCGAGAAGAUGACGGAAGUUGGAGCGCUGUGACGGACUACUGGUCUGAAGACGGCUACAUCGCCGAUGACCUCUACGCCUGGUAUGAGAGCGAUUGGAACUACAGCCCCUGGGACUAUGAGACUGCCGAGACCUACUACGAGGACUGGCCUGCCGAGCACUAUGACUACGGUUGGGAUGAUGAAGAACCUCAACAAGCUGAAGGUGAGGAACACCAACCACAAGAGACCGCCCCUGAGGAGUCUGGAGAGUACUUCAAAGGAAAAGGCAAAGGCCGUUCUCAGGUCAUGGGACUUGGAUGCAGCACCUGUGGAUCGAAAUGGCACAACACGCACUCUUGCCCGAUGAAUGACUCCUACAAAGGCAAGAACCCAACGUUUGGAAAAGGGAAGUCAAAAGGCUUCAACAAGGGCAAGGGCAAAUCCUAUGGUGGCAAGUCCUAUGGCAAACCCUACAGGAAAGGCUACGGCAAGUCCAAGUCCUACGGCAAGAAAGGAUACAUGCCCUAUGGCUCCAAACAAGGACGAAAAGGUUUCUGGAUGGAGGAGAUGCCAAAGGGUUACAACGACCACUAUGGUGGAGCAUACCUGAUGAGCAACAACACAUCACCUGAGAAGGACGAGAAGGACACCUUGGACAAGAUCAUCAUUCAGGACACCUUCAACCAGAUCGAUCCACUUCCUGCCCGACGAGUUCGCUUCAACGACCAGCCCGAGACCGAGCAGAUCGACAUUGAAGUGAACCCCAAGAAGCUGAACUUCCCGGUGGUCGAGGAGAACGAGAUGAUCUUUCAUCAAGUUCGAGGACGACGCAUCCGAGGAAUGGUACCACCCGACAAGAUCAAGGACAUCACAUGGAAUGAAGCCAGCACCACUGUCACUGGCAUUUCAGGUCAAGCCGAUGCAACCUUGACCAGAAUCAGCAUUCCCUUCCAGAUCGGAUCAGAGGAUGCGGAGUACACUGCAGAUGUCAUCGGUGGCGAGGGCUCCAACUGCCCAGCACUACUUCCCAAUGGAAGCCUUCGGCAACUUCGAACAGCAGUGAUGACGCAGUGGUAUGACAACGGUGAUGGUGUGAUGCUGUGCAGUUUGAAUGGACUUCGACCAGAUGACCCACAAGCAUCUUUGGUCGUGAUGAAGCUCUUGCUAGCCGAAUCUGGCCACUACAUCCUGCCAGUCAACAAGGAGGAUCAAGACAUGACGCCUGAGGAGCAGAAUGCGAUUCUUCGACUUUGGCAAGGACGACACGGCCAUACGGCGGCAUGUGAGCAGUCCGACUCCAACUAUGACUCCAAAUUUGAUGCCAAGAACAGCAGGACCAACUAUGACAUCAAGCCCAACAACGUUGAGAACUUUGACAACAGCGGGAACUUCAAGCAGAAGCUUCAGUUCACAACUGAGACUGAGCCUAAGGACGUUGCCGACAUCAUGGACGAGCACCAGUCCGACAACAACAUCAACAAGAUCAAGGUGGCAGAUGAUGAGCCAGCGAUCCAGGUCCUCAAGUCGGACAACAUGGAUGAAGCGUAUGAUGAAUCGCAACAAGCCUAUGCAGGCGAUCAAUUUCCAGCUCAUCUGAAGACGAGCAAGCUACGCUAUCUCAGCAAGCUCUAUCGAGCCAUCCCUAAGGAGUGCUACACUCGCACACAACGAGCUCCUGUCACUCCAAGAAAUGCCAGAAGCUGGGCAAGAAAGAGAAAAGGAGCUCACUUCCACUUUUGGGAGAUGUGCAGUGGCUCAGGACGACUUUCGUUUUUGGCCUUGUGCGCUGGCCUUGCUGUCAUGUUCCCCUUGGACUACAGGUAUGGCUGGGAUUUGACAAGUCCGUCACACAGACGGCUCAUUGACGAGAUUGAGGAGACCUUCAAGCCCGACAUCGACUUCAUGAGUCCGAGUUGCCGGCCAUGGUCCAUUUCCUCUGUGCGACGAGACCUGGAACAAACCCAGCAAGAGCGACAAGAAGAAAUGCCUGUGAUCGAGUACCUGAAGAAGAAGGCCAAGAACCAGUGCAAGCAUCGAAGAGGCUGUAUCUGGGAGCAGCCUUGGUCUUCCGCCAUGUGGGAGCAUUUAGAUGACAAUCCUGGUCAAGCUGAACGCACUGAUCAAUGCCGUUUUGGCGCCAAAGACGAGAGCGACAACCCGAUCUUAAAGCCUACUGGAUUGCAGAGCAACCUGGCUUUGAAACAUUCCAUCAAAAGAUGCAAUGGACACCUUGGCAAGAAACAUGGUUGGCUGCAAGAUGAGAUGCGGCACACCUUCAUCCCUGGAGAAUGCCGACAUGGAAAAUGGCCUGAUGGAGAGAACCCUCGAGAUCUCAAGAAAGCCGAGAAAGAGCAGCAGGAGAAGGAGGAUAUCUUCGAAACCUUCAGAAGAGAAUCCUUGAAAAACGAGAAGAUUCAGAAAGGCAAGCUUUCCAUCCAUGCCGACAUCGCCUUCAACAACGAGCAGGCAUCUGUCUUCAAGAUGGUCAUGGUCAAGCUCUUGGACGAGGCGAUCAAAGGUUUGGAGGAAGCUGACAACAAGAAAGAACCUCUACCUGAAACACAUUGGCUACUGGACCCAACAGCUCUUGGCUGGCUGCGCAAGAUCUUUUCUGAAGUGAUGGAUGCGAAAGGAGCCUUGGCUUGUCUUCAACCAUGGAGUUUGCCAACACCUACACCUUUCUUGACGAUGGAAGAAGCUCCUCUUCGCCUCAUCAUAAAAGGCUCAACAUCCAAGUGGACAAUUGGAAAGAUUGAGGACUUGCGAGAAAUGAGUGCCAGUCAAUGGCAUGAGCCGAUCGACCUGGAAGAGGACUGGUUGGUUGCUGUCUUUGGAGAUGACUCUGAGGAGAAGAAGAAGGGCACUACAUCAUCCAGUUCCUCUACGGCUCUGGUUCCUGUAGCUGAUGCUGAAGAUGCAGAAGGAGAUCAACCUGAAGGCGAACUAUCUCAACUUGAUCCACCAGAACAUGAAGGAGAAGAACAAGGACAAGUUGCAGUACAACCUGGCUCACUGAAGCCUGUCUAUGACUUCAGGAGGAUCUUCCACAAGCUGCCUCGAUUGGCUGUCUCUGACCCUACGCAGGCAAAGAGAUUGAUUCUUGGACUUCAUGAACGUCUAUGGCAUUCACCUGUGGCUGAUGUUCGCAACAUCUUGAUACGUUGUGGACAACCUCAUGAUGUUUGGAAGCUGACCGGUGAUGCCAUCGCCACCUGCACCAUUUGCAGGAAAUACUCAAGAGCUGGCCGACGACCUCAGUACAAGACCCACUUGGCCUCCAACUUCAACGAGUUGGUCCAGUGCGACGUUUUCCAAUUUCAGGACAACCUCUUCAUCCUGAUCAUUGAUGAAGCCACAAGAUACAAGGUUGCCACAAGUUGCAAUGGGCGCUACUUGGUCGACAUCCUGAGUGCCUUGAUGAGAGGAUGGAUCAGGUACUUUGGCCCCAUGCGCAUUCUUGUGACCGACCAAGAAUCCAGCUUGAUGACAGUCCAGGGACAACAGCACACAACAACUGGGCUGGUGGAGCGCCAUAUCGACUUGGUCAAGAUUGGAAUGUUGAAGAUUCAAGCCGAGAGCAACCGCUACGGCAUCGAGCUUCAACCUGAGGACUUGGCAGCAGAAGCCGCAAUGGCGCAGAACCUCACUCUCAGUGUCGGAGGUUACACACCAGCCACUAUGCUAUUUGGUGUAUUACCUCGUGGUUUUCUUGAUCCCGAAGGAGAUCAGCCAGUAGCAGAUCCCAAAGAAAGCAGCUUUGAGAAGUCUUUGAGACUCAGGCAGAUCGCCUUGCAGUCUGCCCAGGCUGCCAUCUUGGAAAGCCGAAUUGCCCGAGCAAAUCGCUCACGACCACAACGCUUGGCUGUUGAGGACAUGAUCCCUGGAACCACCAAGGUUGAGAUCUUCAGAGAAGAUGGAUCUGGUCAAGGAUGGCGUGGACCAGCUACUGUCUUGCAAAUCAACGAAGAAGCUGGCAAUGCAAUCAUCGAGUUCAACGGCAAGCCCUACCUGAUGGGACUUCGACACAUCAGACCUCUACGAGACUCCUUCCUGAUCUACCUGAACCAGAAUAGCACCUUGACUUCAACAGAUGUGGAGAAGGCAGUCUCACGAAUGAAGAAGGUGGUAGAACAAUGCACACCCUUCAAACCUUACACCAUGGGUGAGAUCCUGAAGGAUGAGAAAGGCGAGUACAAGAUGGUCAAGUUUCCCAAGGAGGAGAGUCCAACUGCAGAGCAGAUGCUUAAGGAUGCCAAGAUGGUUUUAGACUUCCACUACGACCACUUCACCUUGAAUGGCAUCAGGUUUGGACGUGGUAUGAAAAUCAUCCUCACUCCAAAGUUUUCCAAAGGUGUUUUGCUCACCUGGCCUUGCGGCACUAUGGGUUUUGCUCUCACCGAGAACCACAGCGACGCCCAUAUCCACAUCAAGGAGUACUUGCAGCACAACAUCGACAGUUUGAUCACCAGACGAAAACCUGCUGAACCUUCUGAUCAAGGUCAACUACAAGAUGAGGAGAUGAAAGAACAAGCAGAGCUCAAACGGAAGGGCCCUGACUCACGAACAGUCGUUUUGGCCCCUGAGAAGAAGAAGCAGAAGACCUAUUGGACUUCAACGGAGCUUCUACAUCAAAGAUCGAUUUGGUGGAUGUUGCAAAGACCCAAGAAGAUCGUCUUGGAACCUGCACCAAUCUGGUAUGAACUUGAUGAUCGAUGGAUGCAGAAGAAAGCCAAAGAAACCAAGAUCAACAAGCAGAACUACCUUCUUCACCUCUACUGCAAGAAGCCUGCACACCUCAACAUCGACCUCAAGAAUGGCCUCAUCUUCAGAGUCGACUCUGACACGGACACCUUGAACGAGCAGCAGUUGAUCAACAACUGGCACGACUUUGAAACUGCCGACAAGCAGGAGCUCAGCCAAUUUGUGACAGAAAAGGUCUUCAAGAAGGUGAAGCUCUCCGAUUUGCCCGAGAGCGUCGUCAUCAUCGACGCAGUUUGGGUGCGCAAAUACAAGAGGAUGCCUGAUGGCAAGAUGAAGGCUAAAAGCCGUCUUUGCGCCCGUGGCUUUCUGGAUCCCCAGAAACAAGAACUACCUACAAGAUCGACAACUGCGACGAGAUUGUCACAGAGAAUCAUUCUCAGUGUGGCAUCCACACAUGACUUCAUCCUGGCCUCCUUGGACGUUUCAGGAGCUUUCCUGAAGGGACUGACCUUCGAAACGAUCCGACAGAUCUUGGCCCAGAAAGGAGUUCCAUCGCCUCCACGGCGAGUUGUGAUUGUGCCUCCGCCAAACGUUUGGAGACACUUGGCUUCCUUCCAUGAGGAGCUCUAUGUUGCUGAAGAGGACUAUGGUGCCUACGGCUUGGAGUGUCUGAAACCAGCAUAUGGAUUGGCUGACGCGCCACUUGCAUGGCAGAUGACACUACAUCAAUUCCUUGAAGAACAUGGAGGAGUUCAAUCUCUUUUGGACGACUGCCUGUGGCACUACAAGAACUCUGAUGGGACCCUCAAAGGAGUCAUCACCACACAUGUGGACGAUUUGGCGAUUGCCUGCCGUCAGACCUUUCUUGACGAGCAGCACCAACUCCUGACCAAGAAGUUCGGCAAGAUCUCACUUCAGAUGACACCCUUCACUCACUGUGGAGUACGAUACUCCAAAAUUCCCAAUGGCUACAAGAUGGACCAGCAGGAAUUCACCAACGCGCUCAAGACCCAAGAGAUCGAGGACACCAAGAAUGGUGACAGACCACUGACAGCUGCCGAAACCAGCAAGUUCCGCAGCAUACUGGGAGGACUGUUGUGGUUGACUGCAACGCGACUGGAUCUGAUUGCCGAUGUGGGCAUCUUACAAUCCAAGGUCACCAAGGCGACAGUCAACGACUUCCACCAGGCAAAUGCCGUGGUCAAGAAAGCCAAGCUCAAGCAGUAUGAGAAUGUGGGCCUGAUCUUUAGAAGCUUUUCAAGAGAUGUUCCAUGGAAGCUACUUUGCGUCCAUGACGCUUCAGCUGCCUCAAAAGGAAGAACAUAUGCUCAAGAAGGAGUUCUAGUUCUUUUGGCACCAGACCAUAUGAACUUUGACGCCAAGAUCCACACGAUCAAUGGCGAAAACGUGGCAGAAGAGAUCUUCGGUGGAACAGCCCACAUACUUUUCGCACAUGGCUCAAAAGCCAAACGAGUGUCUUACUCAACGAGCCACUCUGAGACCCUGGCAGCGAUCUCUGGACUGGAGACAGCGACUUUGGUGUCACUGCGACUUGCAGAACUUUUGAUGCCCGAGAAGAAACCUACGCUGCAGCAACUGGCAGCACUACAGGAGAAGGGCAUCCCAUAUCUUCCAAUCGACUCCUACACCGACUGCAGAGACUUUUGGUCAUUGACAGUUGGAACGACCGCGCUUCCUCAAGAUCGAAGCCAACGAAUCUACAUCCUAGCCUUCAGAGAGGCAAGAAUCCAAGGAAGAGUUCGCUGGAUCAUUUUGAUCCCAACGGAAUCUAUGACCUCAGAUGCCUUGACAAAGGUCAUGACAUCAAAACCUUUGCUGGAGCUGAUGACGACUGGAAUCGUCUACUUCCACAACAAGAUUGGUCAUGCGAUUGAGGCUCGACGCCUUCCAACAAUCACAGACUUCGAAGAGGACGACCUCGAGAAGACCGACGAAACAUGGCUCAAGUCCUACAUCACUGUGAAGGACAUCAACGACAUCCAGCUCUACGCUACAUCGAGUACAUCUUCUACAUGGGGACCCAAGGUCAACAUGCGUCUGCUGACGUUCCUCUACUUUGCAAGCUCUUGGACGAGAUCCCAAGCAAAGCGCACCUCGGAAGAAGCACUAUGCAGUGCUGAUGGAAUUGAAGGAGGAGAAGUUUCACCACCAAGGCAAUCCGCACAGGUCAUAGUCAUGUCAGUCAUGACUCUGGCGAUUUUCUGCCUAUGUGGAGCACUAUGGUAUCUUUGGAGAACACUGAGCUCUAUGAGACACCUGAUGGACGAAAAGGUGAACCAAGCACUCAUGCCUAUUGUCGAGAGGGUGAUAGACCUGGAGUGCUCAGCCAACACAACCACUUUGGAGAUUGAAGGACUGAACAGAAAGUCUGCAGAAGCGAGAGGAGAUAUAGACAUCCUAUUUCGUGCAGUUCGACAUGCAUCUCCACAUCCUGAAGAACCUGGAGGACAUCGACGUCGACUUCAUGACAGCCGACCCGAAGCUAAUGAACCUGAUGAAGAACGAGAUCUUCCAGAUCAACCUGAUGACUCUCCACAACCUGAAGGAGAACACCUGGAGAGACCUUUCAGAGCUGACGCUUCACGCUCAAGAGAUGGAGAUCGUGAACGACCUGAAAGUGAAAGCUUCGAAGAAGAAUAUGAAUGGGAAGAUGACCCAUCACUGGAUGACGCACCUCAUGACCCAGAGUUCUACGAAGAACAAGUUCGUCGAGCACACCGACAAGCGCGACACGACAUGUAUAUCCACCACCUGGUCACUCAGGGAAACAACCUUGGGGUGGAAAUCCACACUCUGGCUCAGCGACAGUAUCCAGAUGGAAGAAUUCCCUCAGCUGUGAUCGAACAGCUGUACCACCGAGAAGCACCAUACAUUCCGAUGGUGGGACAAGAACGAGAUGAAAGAGUGGUUACGGUACGAGUCUUCUUUCAAGGAGGAGAUAACUAUCUGUUGCACGAAGGCAACAACCACUGGCAGUUCCAGUCCCUGGAAGGACUGCAUGGAUUCAGAUGCGCACGCUACGCAGCUGAACAAGACGACCGACUAGACGAAGAAAGAGAAGCGAGAAUCAAUAACCUCCUGCUGCACUACCAGUACACCUGA